UAUUGAUACUUUUGUUUCUUAUUAUUUAUAGAUUAAACAAUUUAAUUAUUACAAAUAAGAAUGUACAAUGACAAGUUUGCGUAGUUACUAUCAUGAUCAUAACAAGUUUAAAUAUACGCUAAUCAUGCCAAUUGUAACUGAUUAUUUUUCUUUGAUUUCUCAUGUCAACGACAAUCACGUUCGUCCAGUAUUCAAUUCUUAAUAUCAUCGAAUAUGUACGUCAUAAGAGCAAUAAGCUUCCGCUUCAAAAACUAUUCCUUCCUAUUGAAAAGUUCUAUAUUGUAUAAUAUUAAUGCAUAUAACCUAUACAUAAGUCAUCAACGAUAUCGAUUUGUCCUCGCACGCGUAAUCGACAUGCUUCAUAAAUAGUAUAGAGAGACAAGUUUCAUAAUCUAUCUGCGCACAAUCGAUUGUUGUAUAUCGAUUUUCAAGAAUCAUUCAAGAUUUUCAUUUAUUUUUAUUUAAACGAGAUAAACUAAUUAAGAAAAAUUAUAUAUAUAUUAAUUGAAAUUUUGAAUUUUAUUAGAAAUAAUUAACAUUUUUAUUAAUUAAUUAAUUCUUAGAAUUAUUAGAAUUAUAGGUUAAUUAUUAGAAUUAAUUAUCUUAUAAUUAUGUAUAUAUAUAUAUAUAUAUCGUUUCGAAUUAUAAUCGAUAUAAAUCGAAAUGAAAGAGAUCUCGCAUUGUAUUGAUUAAAAAACAUAAGAAAAAUGAAAAAGAAUAAAAAAUUUUAAACCUGGAAAUGUAAAAUGGCGUCAUUGACGAUCCCGUGAUAAAUAAUAUCUUGUAAUUGGUGGAUUCGGCGAGUAUUAUUAAUACAAUGUCGUUGAUUGGUCGAACGGUUGGUUAGGUUAGUCGAGAUUGAUCGCGCGCAUCGGUUACAUCAGUGUUUCGUAGUCGAGCGUGCGUAUGGCAUACGGGUUCUAUCUAGUUUUGAAAUUCGUUUUGUUUACGCGGAUUUCUUGGUACGCUAGAAACGAAGAUACGAGAGUGACGAAGAGGCACGACGGUUAGGAAGGCCGGUAGUGUGACGGGCCGCGUGGUAGGAGGUUGCUGCGAUUCAAUUUCAGUCGAAGCGCGCCAGGCAGACCGAGCGCCAGCAAGAACUGGCUGUUCUCUUUUCCGCACCUUGUGUCUCGCUUUUCGAAUACUAUCGAAUCUCCUGACACACGCGCGCACCGCAUUAUACCUUUCUUCGUUCUACCAUGGUAUAUACGUGAAACUAGGAUGCACAUGUGUCCGUAAGAGAUGUUAGUAGAACGUGUGUGUGCACGCGACCGAAGCCAGCCCUUCAGCAUCCGAGCAAGUGUUUACGUCGUGCGUGUAACCCAACGCGGACAACCGUUGCUUCAAAACCAGUAUUUGCAUUUUCGAACGUGUUCGAAAAAUACGGUACGUCAGCGACCUAGUUUUGAGAGCGAAAUGUCGAGUGACGGGGCUCGCGAGAGUGAUCUUUGACUUCGACCGAUCGAAUGCGUGAAAUUCGUUAACGACUUUUUGUACCGCAACGGUAGUUGAAUCAUCGAUGUUUUUGUUUUGAUAUGUGUAUAGAAUUUUCAAAAAUAAACCGAAGUAAUGAAUGUAUCAUUGAUAUGUGAAGAGUACGUUUGAAUGUCAAUAGUAAAAAGACAUACAGUGAAUUUGGACAUAGACAAUCGAAAUAUCAUUAUGUAUAUAUAAUUUUCGAUAUAGUCGAGUUUCGAUAAUUCGUCGAUGGACUUGGGUCGCGAUAUAAUCGUAUAAUUUGUGUGACCACGUGACACAAGAUGCGACCGUUUGCCGCCAUGAGAGCACGGGGAUAAGGAAGAAACACGUUUCUCAGAAUGGAAUUUGGAGGUUAUAAAGGUACUGGUCCUCGAGUUAGGGUGCGACGACGUGCGGAAUUAGGCAGACGGCUCACCAGGAGGCUAUCUCUGGUCGCGAAAAUGCCAGCUGCCAUUCUCAGCAAAGCGAAUCCACCUGAACCAAGGCCAGUAGAGAUCACGGCAAUCGCGCCUGACAAGACACACCUCACCCUACCUGGUGUGUCUCCUGGAGCUAUUUCAUCCGUGGUUGCACCCGUGUUAUUAAAGUAUCGGGUCUGCAGACCGAGAUUGUUGCUCGCCGGUUCUCGAGCCGAGGUCGAUCCAGCCGCAGAUGUGGGAUUGUUGCACGGGGAAGUUUUGUUGAUCGAGGACUCGGCGAGACAGUACGAUCCGAUAGGAGAUACGGACAGGAGAUACAGAGCCACGGAAAAGUUGUUGCAUGCAGAAGAGGAGUAUCACGAAGCUUUGUGCAGCGCGAAAGAAUUGUACGCACGGCCCCUGGCGCGAAAUUAUCCCGAAUUUCACGAUGUCAUCUUUCAUCCGCUUGCGGAUCUCUCUGCGGUCACUUCUGAACAUUGCCAGAGGAUCCGCAGUGCACUCGAGAAUUGGGACGGCGGUACCUUCAAAUCGAGUGACUUGUUUCCUGCCUCGUUUUGGAACUCUUACUGGGAAUAUCUGGAGAGCUACGGGGAGGCCAGGAGGAUUCUUGACGAAUUGAGGGCAUUCGAGGAUCCUCUGCUCCACUUCCUCGGUCUUAGGCAAGCUGCGGCCAGGCAUUCCCCAUCCUCGUUACUUCUUUUACCGUCACAGUGGAUGACACGAUACGGUGAGGAAAGUUUGAUGAGAAAAGCACGUCACUGCGUUCCAAUUUGAUGGGAUGAUCGAUGUCGAUUUAUUCGUCUGGGAAGGGAAGAGAGAUCUGUUCAUCGAUCCGAAGGGAACGAAGAUUUGGAAUAUAUUUUGAAAAAAUAUAUCAUCUUAAUGAGAAAUAUUAGAAAUUAUAUGAUAUUAUUCCAAUCGAAAA